AUGUCCGUCUAUAAAUCUUCUCGGCCUAUUUUGACCGCCCGUGCUCUUCGCACUCGCCCCAUCGCCCAGCGGUUUUUCUCCAAGACCACCCCUCGACUCGCCCCGUCUUCUUCCAACAACACGAACCCGAGUUUCCCGGCCAGCCCCAAGGAAAUAUGGCGGAAUGCAUCCCCGCCUGUUCGGUUCGUUCUCGUUGCCGGCCUCGUCGUGGCUGCAUGCGCCGAGGGAGCUAUGUGGAGCCAUUUCGCCCGCAGCUGGUGGAAAGGGGCUCCGGGGGAGGGCGAGACUCCGGGGGCGGGAUCGAAGUAG